AUGCCUGCUUUCCUUCGAAAAUCUCAAAUCGGUCUUAGUGGUUUUACUCCUGAACGUCUUAGAGGUUGGACAAGUACCGGUGCUCUCUGGGGUAUAGCUGGUGCCGGAUUCGUAUCCCUCUUCUUAUCUGAUGUACCACUUUUCAAGAAGGAUGUGUUGAUCAAGUUACCCGUGGUCCGAGAAUACUUCAUCGACAAAACCCCCGACUCUGAUAAGCCUUUCUAA